AUGGAAUUCUGCGGGUCUCAUCUGGGGCUCGUUCUCGCAAUCGCACUCGCCCCCAUCCUGCUUUUGGCGCUGUCCCGACGCCUACGUGGCACGCGCCUCGAGACUCCGCCGGGACCCCCUCCCCUUCCUAUCCUGGGGAAUGUCUUCGACAUCCCGAAGUCCUUCUCCGCACUGGAGUACCGGCAGCUCUCUGAAAAAUAUGGUGCGCCGGUUGUCGAUCUUGUCUCUAAUAUCGUGAAGACCCACGUCGUUUGGAACGCGAAAACAGGGGACGUUGUUCAUCUUAACGCGGUAGGACAGUCCAUGAUCGUGCUCGGUUCCCUUGAGGCCGCGACAGAACUUCUUGAGAAGCGUUCAGCUAAGUACUCGGGGAAACCAACGUCCGUCAUGGCGAAGCUGUGCGGUUUCGACUGGACGAUGGCGCUUCUCGGUACCGAAAGCGAGUCUUGGCGACGACAGCGCCGAGAAACUCAUCGCUUCAUCAGUCCUACCACGGUCUCUCGAUACUAUCAAUUAUUGGAGAACCAGGCGUACACGAUGCUCAAAAAGAUCAUGGACGACCCUGCAUGCUACUCUGAGCACAUUCAUCAUACCCUCGGUCUCAUUAUCUCGCAAGCAACGUACGGCAUCGACGACGACGAGCAUCUUGGUCUCCUAGAAGAAGGCCACGAGAUAUUCAUCAAGGCAUUUGUGCCAGGAAAAUAUCUUGCGGAAUCACUGCCGUUCCUGCAAUAUGUACCGGAUUGGUUUCCGGGUGCCCAGUUCAAGAGGGACGCCAAAACCUGGAAAGCGCGCUUCAACGCUAUCAAGAGAGAGCCAUUCGAUGCAGCGAUGAAAGCUAUGAAUCAAGGCGGAGUCGGAGACUUGUCGAUCGCGGCAGCAAUGAUCGAGGGACAAGAUCCAAGCGCCGUCUCUCCGGAAGACAAGGAGCUGGCAGAGAUGGUCUGCAGCGCAGUGUAUCUGGGUGGUGCCGAAACGACGCUCACGACGCUCCGCGUCUUCAUCCUCCUCAUGGCCACGCACCCCCAGGCGCAGGCUCGCGCCCAGGCAGAGCUCGAUGCCGUCGUUGGCCCCGACCGCCUGCCAUCGGUCUCGGACCGCGGCGCGCUCCCGUACGUCGACGCGGUGCUCAAAGAGUGCCUACGGUGGCACCCGAUCCUCCCGCUCGCGCUCCUGCGCACCGCAACCGCGGAGGACGAGUACCGGGGCUGGCGCAUCCCCAAGGGCGCGAUCGUGAUGGCGAACUCCUGGGCCUUCGCGCGCGACCCGACGCUCUUCCCGAACCCCGAUCAGUUCUCCCCAGAGCGCUUCCUCGACGCGGACGGACGGCCCGACAAGAACGCGCUCGACCCGCGCACCUUCACCUUUGGCUACGGGCGGCGGGUCUGCCCGGGGCGGCACUUCGCCGAGGCGACGCUCUUCGCGGUCAUGGCGUCCCUCCUCCACGUCUUCAACCUGGCUCCGCCCGUCGACGGCGACGGGCGCCCGGUGCCGCUCGAGCCGAAGUUCACGCCCGACUUGCUUUCGAGCCCGGAGCCGUUUGGUUGCCAGAUCACGGUCCGAUCGGACGCUGCGAAGGCGCUGGUCGUCGCUGCAGGCCAAGUAUAA